CAAAAACAUACUCCAAUCGAACGUAUAGUUGUCAAGAUUGCAAGGAUUCUACUACGCGUUUGGUUGUAGGGAUAAGAGAUUCACGCAGUUUCAAUCAUCGUUUUACUUUUUUUCCAUCUCUCUCAUUUCUUAACAAAGACACACGUCAAAGAGCAAAAUAGAAAAGGGAGAUAAUUUCAAGCUCGUAGUAGAUCGAAGGUAGAAAAGAGACGCAGAGAACAGAAUACAGAACGAGACCACAACAAAGUGGGGGUGUGUGCUGCUGACUGCUGGUGACUGUCGCAAAAAUUUCGUUGUCACGCGCUAAAAAUAAUACUACGGUACAAUUCUUUGAACUGCCAUGCUCUUUAAAAACAAUAACUAAUACUGAUCGAUAGUAUAGGGAGCAGUGGUCUAAUAAAAGACAUGGAUAAAUUAACCAACAUUGCUUAUUAUUUUCGUUGGAGAUUGUUAAAGGGGAAGGAGCAAAAUGUCCCCGAAAAUCUCGACAGAAAUUCAUCGUCCGAAAAUAAUACAGGAGACGUAAAAUGUGACGACGAUAUGCAAUUCAAGACAUCGAAUAAAUUUUUAACAAUUCUGGAGAGUGUUUUGCUAUGGGAGAAUUCGGUCAACAGUAUCUCUGUCGUAAUCGUCUUCAAUUUGUUGUUUUGGGGAAUUAUUGUAUUGGAGGUUCGCGGUUUUGCGGCAGCCAGCAGUGCUGCGCUUGUCGUGGUCCUCUGCUACAGCACCCUGGAGGCACAAGCCCAAAAGGAUAACAAACCACCUAGUACAACAAUAUCACAAGUCAAAUCAGAACAGCUAAACAAAAUUGUUCAUCAACUAAAAUCUGGUGUACAGAGCCUUAAACAAUUGCGCAAACAACAACCAGGAGUGUUCUGCGCUUCUAUUUGCGCAGUUUCAUUGGGUCUAUGGCUUACGGGUCGAACCAUCUCAGGAACAUUUCUGGCGUAUACAAUUUUCAUGAGCAUAUUGGUUGGACCUGGAUUACUGUUGCAUAUACCAUGCAGAGUUCUGAACUCCAAAGAAUGGGACAGUGAGAUAGAAGAAUUUUUGCCUGCUGUUACUGAAGAUAACUUACAAGUGCUAAAGCGAGCAGGAGAAAGCGGAGAUCAUAGCCUUACGCCGACCAGUUUGUCAGCGGAAAACAAUAUUGAUCCUCUAAAUGACGAAGAACUGGUCGGUCUAAGAAUGCCUUCUCAUGAAGAUGGUAGCACAGAUGGCCUAGAAUUGUCCGAACUGGAAUUGAGUACGGAGGAUGUGGAGGUAGAUGGGAUUAAGUUCCAGAGCGGUCAUUUCGAGAGAGGUUCAUCAUCUGAGGAAGAAGCUGAACUUGAACCACAGAAAAUAUCUCAGCGCAGCGAUGACAGUGACAGCGACUUUGAAAUAAUUGACACUCACGAAGUAGCAAAUGUCAAGAACGCUUAAAGGUUUGACAUUUACAAGUUUUAUGUAAUAUAUAUAUCAUGAUAAACGUCACGCAUCUAAAUAAAUUACACCAUUUUCGUUAUUUGGCUGUGAAAAAAAUUAGCACUGCGUUUUAUUUCAAUAAUGAUAAUAAUUAUAGUGAGUAGUCAAUAAAGAUGAACAGAAAUUUACUUGGCACAAAAUAUUUGAUUCUCAUAAUCACGUAUUAUUACGUGAUACAAUUAUGAAAUUAAUUUGUUUGUCAAAAAAAAAAGUGCGACCGCAUACCUUUGUUGGAAUAGGGUAACCGUAUCUUGGCAAUAUGAAAAUGGUGUGAUUAUUAUUGGACAAGUGGAGCUAGAUUUUGAACAAAUAGAUAUAAUAAUUUUGAUAUAAUUAUAAUUAUGUAAACAGCAAUCAGGUUUUAGGUCCAGAUCAUGCUUCUUUGUGACAGAAAUCGCUAUGAUAUUGAAUAAUAGAUUGGGUUAAUAAGUUUUUGUGAUCGCGAUUUUCAUUUCAAAUCUGAGAUUAGCUUUGAAAAAUAAUUACCCUCCGAGCGAACUGUGACAAAUAUUUUCGAGUAUAGAUCAAAAUCAGUUGAUUUGAAAGUUCAGAUUUCAUAGUCUGAAAUAGACUACGUGAAGAACAUUAUUUUGAAAAUCAGAUAUGAAUGUAAAAAAUAUACAGAUAUAAGAUUUAAAACUCCCAAUUGGUGAAGCUGGCAGGAUGUAUCUUACAAUUAGUGAAACUAUCGACUAUAUUUUGCGACAACUAUAAUGAAAUAAACACCUUUUAAAACUAAUUCAGUUUAUAUUGGUAUUAUUUCACAUAGAAAAAAGAUUUUCAUGAGUAGGUCUGCGGUAACUUUUAACAGAAUGAAAUGCAAGAUAUGCCCUAUAUAUGUUUGACUAUCCAGUAGGUGCAUAAAACUUUUACGUUUCAAGAUAGGUUUCGUUUCGACCCACAUGGCUCAACCUCAAUUACAGUUUUAAUUAGAUUUCUACACCCUAAUGAUCAUAAGCUUUAUCAAUAUCGUGUGACUCUUUGAUACAGUAUCAUGAAAUAAUGGAUUAUCAAUAUGUUGACGAUCGUACAGACCGUCCAAACCAAGUUUUGUUAUCACUAUUUUGAUUUUAACUUGCGUUUGGCCUGUGCAGUUACAAAACAUAAAUAGGUAAAAUUUAUUUAUUUACGUAGGUAUGUGCUUAUCAUGAUAAGUAGCUGAAUCAUAAUUUUAAAGCAAAAAAGAAAUUAUGUAUGUUUCUCACUCCUUUAAAGUAAUAAACACAUAUCCUAAUACAA